CGCAGUGAUGGAGGCCUCCUGGCUGGAGACGCGCUGGGCGCGGCCCUUGCACCUGGCGUUCGUGUUCUGCCUGGCCCUGGCGCUGCUGCAGGCCAUCAAGCUCUACCUACGGAGACAGCGGCUGCUGCGGGACCUGCGCCCCUUCGCAGCGCCGCCAGCACACUGGCUCCACGGGCACCGGGAGUUUCUUCAAGAAGAUAAAAUGGAGAAGCUUGACGAGAUUGUGGGAGAAUACCCUUGUGCCUUCCCUUGCUGGGUUGGGCCCUUUCAGGCAUUUUUCUAUAUCUAUGAUCCAGACUAUGCAAAGAUAUUCCUGAGCAGAACUGAUCCCAAGACCCACUGCCUGCACAAGUUCAUGACCCCAAGUCUUGGUAGUCUUGGAAAAGGACUAUUGGAUCUUGAUGGGCCCAAGUGGUUUCAGCACCGCUGCCUACUAACUCCUGGAUUCCAUUGUGAUAUCCUGAAAACACAUAUAGAAGCAAUGGCCUGUUCUGUGAACAUUAUGCUGGAUAAGUGGGAGAAGAUUUGCAGCACUCAGGAAACAACCGUGGAAGUUUUUGAACACAUCAAUUUGAUGGCUCUGGACAUAAUCAUGAAGUGUGCUUUCGGCCAGGAGACCAACUGCCAAAUAAAUGGCACCUAUGAUCCUUAUGUAAAAGCAACAUUUGAACUUGACCAAAUCCUAUCUCAUCGCUUAUAUAAUUUCUGGCAUCAUAAUGAUUUAAUUUUCAAAUUCAGCCCUAAGGGCCACCACUUCCAGAAGUUAAGCAAAGUGCUACAUCAAUACACAGAAAAGAUAAUCCAAGAGAGAAAGAACUCCUUCAAGUCUGGAAUGAAACAGGGUCAUACUCAAAAGUAUCAAGAUUUUCUGGAUAUUGUUCUUUCCGCCCAGGCUGAAAAUGAAGACACCUUCUCAGAUGAGGACUUACAGUCCCAGGUGAACACAUUCCUGUGGACAGGGCAUGAUGCCUUGGCAGCCAGCCUCUCCUGGCUCCUCUAUUGCCUGGCUCUGAGCCCUGAACCUCAGCACAGAUGCCGGGAGGAGAUCAGAAGCAUCUUGGGGGAUGGUUCUUUCAUCACCUGGGACAAGCUAGAUGAGAUGUCAUACACCACAAUGUGCAUCAAGGAGAUGUUCCGCCUGAUUCCUCCAAUCCCCUCCAUUUCCAGAGAACUCAGCAAGCCUCUAAUGCUCCCAGAUGGACACUCGUUGCCUGCAGGAAUGACUGUGGUUCUCAGUAUUUGGGGUCUCCACCACAACCCUGCUGUCUGGAAAAGCCCAAAGAUCUUUGAUCCCUUGAGAUUCACUAAAGAGAAUUCUGAUCAAAGACACCCCUAUGCCUUCCUACCAUUCUCAACGGGCCCAAGGAGCUGCAUCGGGCAGCAGUUUGCCAUGCUCGAGUUAAAGGUGGCCAUCGCUUUGAUUCUGCUCCGCUUCCGUGUAACUCCAGACCUCACCAGGCCUCUUGCCUUCACAAGCCACAUCCUGCUGAAACCCAAGCAUGGGAUCCAUUUGCAUCUGAAGAAACUGCCAGAAUAAUAAUCCAAGACAGCAGUGGCUAAAGGAUUUUUGCUAUUGUUGGUGGUUUUAAGUUAAAUUUAUAGUCAAUGGUCUGUGAAAAUGAAAAGGAACCUAAAUAUAGUGGGAAGGUUGGAGGAAGGUUGGCUGGGACAUCGCUACAGUUGCACAUUAUCCUCAAGUAAUGCAGGUGACGCCUAGAUCUGUGUGACUUGGAGAGAUCAUCAGACCAUUUCUUCUUUUUUUUUUUUCUGACUAGUAAUGUUAUGUGCUAAGCAUUUUGCUUGGUGGCUUCCAUAUAUUUUCUAUUUUAAUUGUUUUCAGAUUUUAAUCGUUUUCAGAAUUAUACAAGUAUUUGGAAAGUGCAUGUAUGUUCUCACUGUAAAAUGUUUCCAACAGUAGGAAAAUGUGUAGAUAAAAUCCCAUGUCACUUAGGCCAUAUAUUCCACGCCAUGACCAAUCCUAUUUAAAAAAAAAAAAAAA